AUGGAGAAGGCCAAGGCAUCCGAGAUCCUGGCGAUCCUGGCGAGGCGGAGCCGCCUUCGGGUGUCUCCGCGGGGAUGCCGCAGCAGCCACAGCCGCGGAGGAGCCUCCCCGAGGGCCGCGAGUGACGGGAUCCCCACGCCCCAGAAGGUGCUCUUCCCGGCCCAGCGCCUCUCCAUGAAGUGGGAGCGUGUCCACCGUGUGGGCGCCGGGCUGAGCAACCUGGGGAACACCUGCUUCCUAAACUCGGCGCUGCAGUGCCUGACCUACACGCCGCCACUCACCAACUACCUGCUCUCCCGGGAGCACGGGCGCACCUGUGCCCACGGAAGCUUCUGCAUGAUGUGCACUAUGCAGAACCACACGAUCCAGGCCUUUGCCAACAGCGGCAACGCGAUAAAGCCACUGUCCAUCAUCCGAGACCUCAAGAAGAUUUCCCAUAAUUUGCGCUUUGGCAGGCAGGAGGACGCACAUGAGUUCCUGCGUUACACCAUUGAUGCCAUGCAGAAGGCCUGCCUGAAUGGCUACACCAAGUAU